AUGGAAUCAAGGGCGGCACUCUUAGCUAGCAUGCCAGAUGCUGAGAAGAGUGUCAAAAACUUAGAUAUGGACUCUGAGGAUGUCUUCGAGCAUUACCAGGUUGCUGUUGCCUCUUCUGGCCAAAAGAAGGACGAUAAGAGGGCUCGAGGGGAGAGCAGUAAGACUGCCUCGAAGAAGGGACUGCUGACCAUAACUGCUGGCUGGCACCGUGCUGGGGCGUUAGUGUCUCAGGGCAGGAACUUCGACACCAGGCUUGCUAAAGCUAAGCAAGCACUCGAGGAUAAAAACAACGAGCUCGCUAAACAUAAUGAUGAGUUGCUCGGGGAGAAGGUUGCACUGCCCAAGCAGAAGGAUGAGCUGCUCGAGGACAAGGCUAACCUGACCAAGGAGCUGCUGGAAACCCAGGAUGCCCUGAAGAAAGCCAAUGAAUCCAGGGAAAAGUUCAGGGAAAGCGCCAAGCUCAACUAUCAACAAGCUGUACAGCUCGAGCUUGAUCUGAUUGCCAGCAGGCAGGAGGCGGAGGAACUCAGCAAACGAGUCCAGCAGCUUAAGGAGGCUGGUGCCAAGAACUUGGAGAGGUACAAGGAAGCCACUCACCUUUGUUUCUACGAGUUCUGGAAGCACAACCGGGAGGCUAACUUUAGCUAUCUAUCCGAACGCUUGAGGACAACUUUAAUGGCGCAGUGUGCCAUUCGCCUAGAAGAAGAAGGGAAGGCUGAAGUGCCUGCUUCUCCAGAGAUCUCCCUGACUCUUGCUAUCUCUGCUCAACUUAAUUAUAAGUUAAACAAUGAGGUCCAUUUGAGCAUGUCUUAUACUCAGGAGUCAAAGGAUCUCCAACUUAAUAUUAGUGAUGAGCUCAAGGCCACAAAGGCAAAGAUGGAGGCUGAAGUUGAAUAA